ACCGACAUCGCCUCUUAACCCGACAAGCCCCAUUGCCCAGGAGAACCCCGUGCCGGGGAGCGAGCCGCGCGCAUUCCCCGUCCCGUGCCACCGGACCAGGGGAAGGAGGACACACAUGUCGUCGUCUCUCUCUCCAGCGGCGGCAGCCGCGCCCCUGGAUCUGGACGGCAACUCCGUCGCGCCCCUCACCAUCUGCAUGAUUGGUGCCGGCGGCUUCAUCGGCUCCCACCUCUGCGAGAAGCUCAUGGCCGAGACGCGCCAUGUCGUCCUCGCCGUCGACGUAUACUGCGAUAAGAUCCGCCACCUCGUCGACCCCGCGCCGCCGCACCUCGCGGGGCGCAUCUCCUUCCACCGCCUCAACAUCAAGAAUGACUCCAGGCUCGAGGGCCUCAUCAAGAUGGCCGAUCUGACCAUCAACCUGGCGGCUAUCUGCACGCCGGCGGACUACAACACGCGCCCCCUCGACACCAUCUACAGCAACUUCAUCGAUGCACUCCCAGUGGUCAAGUACUGCUCCGAGAACAGCAAGCGUCUCAUCCACUUCUCCACGUGCGAGGUCUAUGGCAAGACCAUCGGCAGCUUCCUCCCCAAAGACCACCCGCUCCGCAAGGAACCUGAAUUUUAUGUUCUGAAAGAAGAUGAGUCACCCUGUAUUUUUGGUCCAAUCGUGAAACAACGAUGGUCCUAUGCUUGCGCGAAGCAACUUAUUGAGAGACUUAUAUUUGCUGAGGGUGCAGAAAAUGGCCUUGAAUUCACAAUCGUGAGACCUUUUAAUUGGAUUGGGCCAAGGAUGGAUUUCAUUCCUGGUGUCGAUGGUCCUAGUGAGGGUGUACCCCGGGUGCUGGCUUGCUUCAGUAACAAUCUGCUCCGCCGAGAGCCUUUGAAGCUUGUCGAUGGGGGCCAGUCUCAGAGAACCUUUGUAUACAUCAAGGAUGCCAUCGAAGCUGUUGUGCUGAUGAUUGAAAAUCCUGCUCGAGCCAAUGGUCACAUCUUCAAUGUUGGGAAUCCUGACAAUGAGGUUACGGUUAGGGAGUUGGCCCAAAUGAUGACAGAGGUCUAUGCAAACGUCUCAGGAGAGGCGCCGCUGGAUGAGCCUAUGAUCGACGUGAGUUCGAGUCAGUUCUACGGUGAAGGAUACGAUGACAGUGAUAAGAGAAUUCCUGACAUGACUAUAAUCAACAAGCAGCUAGGUUGGAACCCAAAGACACCUCUCAAGGAUCUGCUGGAGACAACAUUGACGUACCAGCACAAGACAUACAAAGAAGCUGUGAAGAGGCAAAUGUCGCAGGCUUCAGCAACAAGUUAAGUUGGCGCUGGCUGGGGACGGCUCCUCGUUUAGAGCCCUAGUCGCAGCAGCUGUUUCGCAAGUCAGAAUACAUAUACGCCGGUAAUCGUUCUGUUUGAGGCCCUAGACGCGCCCAUGUUUUGUCUGCUACCAAGGGAUGUUAUCCUAUUGUGAUAUAACUACUACCUGUGUUUGGUUGCUCCUAGUUUUUUUUCUUGCAAUUAUAUGUAUUUAUAUUGAAAAACUAUAUAUUAUUUAAAAUACAAUUAAAAACAAACAA